CAACAUUCGUUUGUAGGCCCGCCGUCUCUUCCCAUCAUUGGAAAUCUUCGCCAGCUUCCAAAGACGGGGGCUCAUCUAAAGUUCACUGAGUGGGCAUCAAUUUAUGGUCCCAUAUUCUCACUCAAGCUGGGAUCACAAACGGCUAUAGUUUUGAGCUCCCCAUAUAUGAUCAAGCAGCUUGUCGACAAGCAGUCGGCUGUCUAUAGCGAUCGAACCAAGUCGUACAUCGCUGACAAUCUGGUUUUUCACAAUGACCAUCUUAUGUUCCUUGGUCCUGAUGCCAGGUGGCGAAGAGGGAGACGACUUUACCAUCAAUUCUUCAACGAAGCUCUUUGUGAAAAGAGUUAUCAUCAUCUUCAGAAUGCAGAAGCUACACAGCUUCUGCAAGACCUCUGCCACAGUCCAGAGCUGUUUAUGAGUCAUUGCAAGCGCUUCACGAAUAGCGUAAUCAUGAGUCUUCUGACCGGUAUUCGGACACCAACUUCAGCCGCUUCUCAUAUGAAAGGUCUAUAUACUGUACUGGACAGUAUCUCUGAGAUUUUCGAAAUUGGCGCUACUCCACCCGUUGAAUUAUUUCCCUUUUUAUCAUGGAUCCCAGAGUGCAUUUUCAAUAAUUGGAAAUCUCGCUCCGCUGCCCUUGCACGAACAAUGAAUUCAGUUUAUGGUCCGUUGGUUGACCGUGUUAUACUCCGUCGCGAGAAAUCAGAACACAAACAAGGGGAGAGCUAUUUGGAUAUGAUUUUCGACCAGCAAGAAAAGUUGCAACUGACUCGGCACGAAAUCGACCUGAUGUUGGGAAAUCUACUGGAAGGCGGGUCCGAUACCGCAUCCAUUACAGCUAUCGCUUUUAUCCAAGCCAUGGCCUUGUAUCCGGAGGCCCAAAAAGAGGCCCAAAGGUCUAUCGACGAUAUCAUUGGUUCAGAAAGAACCCCUACGUGGGAUGAUUUCCCUAGAUUACCAUAUAUAGUCAUGGUGGUCAAAGAAACACUGCGGUGGCGACCUGUGAUGCCGACAGCCUUUCCACACGCUACAAGCAAAGAAAGCACAAUUAAUGGGAUGACCAUUCCAGCAGGAUCCACCGUGAUUAUGAACGUCUGGGGGUUGCACCAUGACAGCGCCGUACAUGAUGAUCCUGAUUAUUUCAAUCCAUUGAGAUACAAAGAUCGCACUGAGCUUGCUCCAAAAUACGCAUCCUCGGCGGAAUACGAGAAGCGCGACCACUAUGCUUACGGGUCUGGACGUCGUAUCUGCCCUGGGAUUCAUCUGGCGGAAAGAGGCCUCUUCUUGGCCUUUGCAAAGAUUCUAUGGGCAUUUGAUAUCACACAAAAGCUAGAUUCCAGUGGGAUUCCAAUUCCAAUUGAUAGCGAUCCAGCUACUGGGUAUACGGAUGGAUUUUUAAGGCGUGCGAAGCCUUAUGCUGUGAGUAUCAAACCUCGGUCAGAGAAAAGGCAGAGAACCAUUCUCACCGAGUUUGAGUUUGCUGAGCGAGAGGUUUUCAGUAAAUAUGAAAUAUGA